GUCCCAGAACCGCGGGGUCGUCGCGUGUUUGUGUUUGAUCCCGCGGGCGGCGCGGGCGGCCGGGGGGGGGGCGCGCGUGUGCUGAAGCCGGUGCCUGCGGGGCGGCCGAGGUAGAUCACGGAGCGGGACUCCUCUGGGGCAGAGCCCGGUGCCCCCCCCCCCCUCACCCCUCACCUACCCACACACCUUGAUCCGCCUUCACUGCCGCCGCCAUGGAACUGGGCCCGGAGGCCCCCCACCGCCGUCGUCUGCUCUUCGCCUGCAGCCCUCCUCCUCCUCCCCACCCCGCGCCGCAGGCCACGGCCCAGGCCUUGUUGGGCGCGUCUGCUGCUGGGGGGAUGUCCCCUGUCACCAACCUGACCGUCACGAUGGACCAGUUGCAGGGACUGAGCAGUGAGUGUGAACAGUCACUGGAGGCAAAAAAUAACAGCAGUCUUCAGAGAAUGGGCUCUUCCGAAUCCACUGAUUCAGGUUUCUGUCUGGAUUCUCCUGGACCCUUGGACAGAAAAGAAAACCUUGAAAAUCCCGUGAGGAGAAUAAAUUUCUUACCUCAGAAGCUUUUGGGGUGUAGCCCAGCUUUGAAGAGGAGCCAUUCCGAUUCUCUGGACCAUGACAUUUUUCAGCUCAUCGACCAGGAUGAAAACAAGGAAAAUGAAGCGUUUGAGUUUAAGAAGCCCAUAAGACCUGCCUCUCGUGGUUGCCUGCAUGCCCAUGGACAUGACGAGAGCAAAGAUGUCUUCACACAAAGGCAGAACUCAGCCCCAGCUCGAAUGCUUUCCUCACAUGAAAGAGAUAGUGAGCCAGGGAAUUUUGUUCCUCUUUUUACACCCCAGUCACCUGUGACGGCUAGUUUGUCUGAUGAGGAUGAUGGCUUCAUGGACCUUCUUGAUGGAGAGAAUCUAAAGAACAACGAGGAGACCCCGUCGGGGAUGGCAAGCCUCUGGACAGCUCCCCUGGUCAUGAGGAGAGCUACAAAUAUUGGCAAUGGCUGCAGGCUAUUUGAUUCCCCUUCCCAGUGUGUCUCUAGCACUCGGUCAGCAAUGAAGAGAACUGACCGAUCUCAAGAGGAGUCUCCCCAAGGAAGCACCAAGCGGCGGAAGAGCUUGGCUGGAACUAUUCCUGGAGGGUCACUUAAUCCAGAGAGGACUCCUGAGAUUUUACACCAGUCUUUGUCUCUGACAUCUUCCCCCAAAGGGACCAUAGAGAACAUCCUGGACAAUGACCCCAGAGACCUUAUAGGAGAUUUCUCUAAGGGUUAUCUCUUUCAUACAGUUGCUGGGAAACAUCAAGAUUUAAAAUACAUCUCUCCAGAAAUUAUGGCAUCUGUUUUGAAUGGCAAGUUUGCCAAUCUCAUUAAAGAAUUCGUUAUCAUUGACUGCCGGUACCCAUAUGAAUAUGAAGGAGGCCACAUCAAGGGUGCAGUGAAUUUACACAUGGAAGAAGAAGUUGAAGACUUCUUGCUGAAGAAGCCCAUCGUACCUACUGAUGACAAGCGUGUCAUUGUCGUGUUCCACUGCGAGUUUUCUUCAGAGAGAGGGCCCCGCAUGUGCCGGUAUGUGAGAGAGAGAGAUCGGCUGGGUAACGAAUAUCCCAAACUUCACUAUCCUGAGCUAUAUGUCCUGAAGGGAGGAUACAAGGAGUUCUUCCUGAAAUGCCAGUCUCACUGUGAACCGCCCAGCUAUCGCCCCAUGCACCAUGAAGACUUUAAAGAAGACUUGAAGAAAUUCCGUACCAAGAGCCGGACCUGGGCAGGGGAAAAGAGCAAAAGAGAGAUGUAUAGUCGUCUGAAAAAGCUCUGAAUGUGGUGGUAGGGUGCCGAUGCCCCUCUCCCCUUUCCUCUUUGCUGCAGAAAACAAA